UCUUAUUUUCCAGGAGUUUCCCAACUGCGUAACCUCUAAGAACUGAACCAAAACAACGUUGUUCCUGGAGCACUUGUUUUUAAGGUAGAACUUUAGACUUCAUAGCACUGAAUUAACCUGCACUGAAAGCUGUUUACCUGCAGUUGUUCACUUUUGUUGAAAGUGACCAUGUCUCAAGUUCAAGUGCAAGUUCAGAACCCAUCUGCUGCUCUCUCAGGGAGCCAAAUACUGAACAAGAACCAGUCUCUUCUCUCACAGCCUUUGAUGAGUAUUCCUUCUACUACUAGCUCUCUGCCCUCUGAAAAUGCAGGUAGACCUAUUCAAAACUCUGCUUUACCCUCUGCAUCUAUUACAUCCACCAGUGCAGCUGCAGUUCCUUCUAACAUGGCACACCCCAAAGAGAAAACCCCAAUGUGUCUUGUGAAUGAGUUAGCCCGUUUCAACAAGAUUCAGCCUGAGUAUAAGCUUUUGCGUGAGCAAGGUCCAGCUCACUGUAAGGUGUUUACAGUACAGCUAACACUUGGAGAUCAGCACUGGGAAGCAGAAGGAACUAGUAUUAAAAAAGCCCAACACACAGCUGCUGCCAAAGCUUUGGAAGGAACAAAAUUUCCUAAACCCAUAGUCCGCCCUUUUCGUAGCGAAGGAAGGAAUCCAGAAAGCAUAACCCCUACUGUAGAGCUAAAUGCACUGUGCAUGAAACUUGGAAAAAAACCAAUGUAUAAGCCUGUUGAUCCUUAUUCUCGGAUGCAGUCCACCUAUAACUACAACAUGAGAGGAGGUGCUUAUCCCCCAAGGUACUUUUACCCAUUUCCAGUACCACCUUUACUUUAUCAAGUUGAACUUUCUGUGGGAGGACAGCAAUUUAAUGGGAAAGGGAAGACGAGACAGGCUGCGAAACAUGAUGCUGCUGCGAAAGCUCUGAGGAUUCUGCAGAAUGAGCCCCCGCCUGAGAGGCUGGAGGUAAAUGGAAGAGAAUCAGAAGAAGAAAAUCUCAAUAAAUCUGAAAUAAGUCAAGUGUUUGAGAUUGCACUUAAACGGAACUUGCCUGUGAAUUUUGAGUCUUUCCCUCUGAAACAGGUUGCCCGGGAGAGUGGCCCACCCCACAUGAAGAGCUUUGUGACCAAGGUGUCGGUUGGGGAGUUUGUGGGGGAAGGUGAAGGGAAGAGCAAGAAGAUUUCAAAGAAAAACGCUGCUAUAGCUGUUCUUGAGGAGCUGAAGAAAUUACCGCCCCUGCCUACAGUUGAGCGAGUGAAGCCCAGAAUCAAAAAGAAAACAAAAUCCAUAGUCAGGGUAAGAACACUUCUGAACGAAGAGGGCGUUUUCAUUGCCCGAAGACAGGUGGGAGUUGAGAAGGCUGGUGAAGGAGAUCGGGAGCUAGCACGCCCACGCCGGGCCCGGGAGAGCCUUUACAGGGGCCACCGUGUGUUGCUGCCACUGGAGCCCCAGCUACAGAGCAGCCCAGAAUAUGGCCAGGGGAUGAACCCAAUUAGCAGACUGGCCCAGAUCCAGCAGGCGAAGAAGGAGAAGGAGCCAGAGUACCUGCUCCUCACCGAGCGAGGCCUCCCACGCCGCAGGGAGUUUGUGAUGCAGGUAAAGGUGGGAAACCACACCGCAGAAGGAUCAGGCACCAAUAAGAAAGUGGCCAAACGCAAUGCAGCCGAGAACAUGCUGGAGAUCCUUGGUUUCAAAGUCCCGCAGGCCCAGCCCACCAAACCAGCCCUCAAAUCAGAGGAGAAGACACCCAUAAAGAAACCAGGGGAUGGAAGAAAAGUAACCUUUUUUGAACCUGGCUCUGGGGAUGAAAAUGGGACUAGCAGUAAAGAGGAUGAGUUUAGGAUGCCUUACCUUAGUCAUCAACAGCUGCCUGCUGGAAUUCUUCCCAUGGUGCCCGAGGUUGCCCAGGCCGUAGGAGUCAGUCAAGGACAUCACACCAAAGAUUUCACCAGGGUAGCUCCAAAUCCUGCCAAGGCCACGGUAACUGCCAUGAUAGCCCGUGAAUUGUUGUAUGGGGGCACCUCGCCUACAGCCGAGACCAUUUUAAAGAAUAACAUCUCUUCAGGCCACGUACCCCAUGGACCUCUCACAAGACCCUCUGAGCAGCUGGACUAUCUUUCCAGAGUCCAGGGAUUCCAGGUUGAAUACAAAGACUUCCCCAAAAACAACAAGAACGAAUUUGUAUCUCUUAUCAAUUGCUCCUCUCAGCCACCCCUGAUCAGCCACGGUAUCGGAAAGGACGUGGAGUCCUGCCAUGAUAUGGCUGCACUGAACAUUUUAAAGUUGCUGUCUGAGUUGGACCAACAAAAUACAGAGAUGCCAAGAACAGGAAAUGGACCAAUGUCUGUGUGUGGGAGGUGCUGAAUCCUAUCUGGCCAUGAACCAUUAUAAAAUCCCAACAUAUAUACUGAAAAUACUGAAACUGCUUUGAAAGUUUGGAAUUUCUGAUACCUCCAGUGGGCUGAGAGACACGAUGGGUAAAGGACGGGAGACAGCAGUGGUGAAGACGGCAGGCACACAUGGAGGCGGCGUGGCUAUGGUUUUCCCCUCAACACAGCAGCAGCUUCAGGGGGCAGGGCGGGCCUGCCAGGCAGCCCUGGUCCAUUGGGAAACCAGCAGGGCCAUGCCCCAGGCACCCCAGUGCUUGGUUUUGGUGGGUUUUUUGUUUGUUUUUGGGUGUGUGUUUGUUUGUUUGUUUGUUUUCUUGCUGUGUGAAAGAAGAAACAGAAAGCACGACCCCUUCUCCAACUGGCUCACUCGAACACAUUGGGACAAACCCUGGACACCCACGCUGGAAAGAGCUGAAAGCACCAGAGAAAAUCAUAUGCUUCCUACUCAGCGCUAGCUGACAUCUGUAGCGUGCUCUGGCCCGCCACCUCCCGCGGUGCCCACACCGUCACCACUGCUCUCUUCCAAAAGAGAUAUGUAUUCUUAGUUUCAUUAUUUCCUUUUGAUUGAAACGACACUAUAUAAAUUUUUAUUUGAGAAUUUCUCAAUUGUAUCUAGUUACAUAGCACAGUUUAGAAACUUGUCUGAGACUGACUUUAUCAGUAAUCUAACCGGCAAAGAUCAUAUCCAUGUACAUGUGGUUAUACAUCUUUAUUUCAUUGGACUAACCCAGGACCAUUCACUGAUGCAGAUUGUGUGCCCUCUGGUUUAGCUGACACAGUCCUGGACUUCUCAGGAACCCUUGAUGAAGUCUCCUACAGUUGUGUAAAUUGGACAGUUUAGGAAUUUUAAACUUUAAAUGAUCAUUUGGUUCCUUUUCUAUUUUAUUUUUGUUAAUGCAACAGGACUUAAACAAAUGAACUUUGAUCUUUGUUUUAAAGAUUAUUAAAAAAUUGUGUGUACAUACAUAAGACUCAAGGACACAGCUACACUACGGGAUAUGAUCUCCAUGUAGCCCAUGCUCAGUUGCAGAUUGAUUUUCCCUGAGUGCUUUACACUGUUGAUUACAUCUCCAUGUAGGGCUGAAAAGAAUGACCCAUGUUUAUCUCUAUAACUGUGUUGCUUUUGAUGUCGUGUUGCUGUGCACAGAAAUGUGUGCAGCAAGGUCCUGCAUAUGGUCCAGAUGAAAAGCACGGUAGCCUUGCAAGUUAAGUACUGCUUUGAUUCAUCGUUUACUCUGGAAUUUUUUCUCCCCAUGGAAUGUAAGUAAAACUUAGUGUUUGUCACCAAUAAAUGGUAAUACUAAAUUUUUUUUUGUUAAUUUAUUCUCAAAUGCCACUACUGCUAGGUUGGUCCCUCCCAGCCUGCCCCUACCCUUUUUUUAUUUUCAAGGAAAAAACUUUGUAAUGCUUGUGAUUCCAUUUGGGCAAAAUUCUGAAGAUCUGAAAUAACUUUAUAUCAAACCAUUGAUCAAUAAACAGCUACUAAUGAA